AUGCUAUACAUAAAAAUCGGAUGCCAAGUAUGUUUUGCAGCUGUUGUGCUAGUGGGCCACGCGAUUGGAGCAAGGUCAAAAUUGUCGAUUCCCUUAACGAAUACAAUCGACCUCUACACUAUGCCCAUGGGUGUGGGUGAACCGCCUCAAUUCCGUGAUUUGGCCCUCGAUACGGGCUCCUUUGUAGCAUGGUGUGGCGCCGUAAAGCCUUACGUUGUGACAAAAUCGACGGUUGAUCUACAUAUAAAUAUGCGCAUCAACUACGGAGUUGGGUUUGUACGGGGUUCUUAUGUCAAUGACACCAUCACCUUCGAGUCGGAAAAUGGGAAUGAACGAAUCGAAAUCCCGCAAGUUACCAUUGCAAAGGCUGCCACAUCCGUGGGGAUCGAUGGUUACGAUGGAGUGAUAGGGCUAAACCCUGCCCCAAAGGAUGAUCCCUCGGUGGUUGAAAAUCGGACGCUGAUGACGUACAUGUGGAAUAGUGGUUUUCUUGAAAAGAAUAUGUUCUCGCUCUCAUUCAAACCGACUCGCUCAAUGACACCAGAAAAAAAUGGUGUGAUCACCUUUGGUGGUAUAGAACCUUCACUAUUUAUUGGCCAGUUAUAUUGGUAUAAUUGUCAGACAAAUGGACAUUGGUGGGAUUGGACGGUCACCAUAAGUUAUGGAAAAACAGCCCUGAGUCCAGGCCCAAUCCAAGGUAUAUUCGAUACUGGCUUCACACUUGCGCCAACUCUAUCAGAUGACUUAUUUUCCAAGUAUGUAGCAUCAAUCCCAGGUGCAAUUUGGGAUCAUGAUGAUUUUGUCAAGAACAAUCCGGAAUGGGACGUAAAUCCUCACUUAUUGAAGAUCCCAAAGACGUCAAUUAGUCAGAUGAAUGACUUGUGCUUCACAGCAAGUGAUCAGCGCCCCUGGUGUUUGAAUCCUGAAGCUCAAUUGAUACCUGAAGGCGUGCUUCCUGACGACAGCUAUCGAUAUUCGUACAUAACACCUGUUUGUGAGAUCUAUCAUGUGAGAAGAUCCAAGACUUGUGGACUUAUCUUAACUGUCAAUUUAGUUGGAAUGAAAGGACACGAGAGAUAUUAUGUUGUAUAUGAUUCAGAAAAUUACAGGAUCGGUUUGGCAGAGACUGCUUGGACUAAUAUGAAGUUCUGA